AUGUGCUUGUGGCUGGAAGGUCAAAAAACGUUGGAAUGCCCAUUGCAGUGCUGCUGCACACGGACGGGGCGCACGAACGUCCCGGAGGUGAUGCCACUGUCACAAAUAUCUCAUCGAUAUACUCCCAAGGAGCAGCCGAAGAAACACACAGCUCUUGCAGAUAUUGUGGUCUCUGCUGCAGGCAUUCCAAAUCUGAUCGCAGCAGAUAUGAUUAAGGAAGGAGCACCUGUCAUUGAUGUGGGAAUAAAUAGAAUUCAAAAUCCCAUAACUGCUAAACCCAAGUUGGUUGGAGAUGUGGAUUUUGAAGGAGUCACGAAGAAAGCCGGUUACAUCACUCCAGUCCCUGGGGGUGUUGGUCCCAUGAGAGUGGCAAUGCUAAUGAAGAAUACCAUUAUUGCUGCAAAAAAAGUGCUGAGGCUUGAAGAGCGGGAAGUACUGAAGUCUAAGGAGCUUGGAGUAGCAAGAGGGCAGCUGUGCUUACCACUAUACCACCAAUGCUGCACAAAUUUGUCUUUUCUACGAUUGCAUUUCCCAGAUGUUAUUCCAAUAAUGAGUUGA